GGCGCCGAGCAGAAGCGGCCGCUUUUCCAUGCGGGGAGCGGCGGGAGAGACGCGGAGGGCCGCCGCCGGAGAGAGGACGGCUGCUCCUGCCGCUGCCAACGUCCUGAGCAAUAAAGGAAGAAGAAUAAGCAACUGUUCUCAGAACUGGAUAUGGAAAUAUCAAUAGAUGAGUCUUUAGAAAACAUGAACAAAAAUCGAACCUUCAUGAACAAAGCAUAGACAAGAUGAUACCUCUGGAGGGGGCACUGCCAAGGUGCGUUUGGCAGUGAAAAUGGGUUAUGUAUCUACUUCAAAUAUCCUUAUAUGAGAAGACACCAGUUUCAAAACCUUCAGCAUUAAUUCUUGACUUGGAGCAGUAUGGCAGGUUUCAAACGAGGGUAUGAUGGAAAAAUUGCUGGAUUGUAUGAUUUGGAUAAAACCUUAGGCAGAGGGCAUUUUGCUGUGGUCAAACUUGCCAGACAUGUCUUUACAGGUGAAAAGGUAGCAGUGAAAGUAAUUGACAAGACCAAGCUAGAUACACUGGCCACAGGACAUCUCUUCCAAGAAGUCAGAUGCAUGAAAUUAGUACAGCAUCCUAACAUCGUUCGUCUAUAUGAAGUGAUUGACACCCAAACCAAACUUUACCUAAUCUUAGAGCUUGGUGAUGGGGGAGAUAUGUUUGAUUACAUCAUGAAACAUGAAGAGGGCCUUAAUGAAGAUCUGGCAAAGAAGUAUUUUGCUCAGAUUGUUCAUGCUAUAUCCUACUGCCAUAAACUGCAUGUAGUUCACAGAGACUUAAAGCCAGAGAAUGUUGUCUUCUUUGAAAAACAAGGACUUGUGAAAUUGACUGACUUUGGCUUCAGCAACAAAUUUCAGCCUGGAAAGAAACUUACAACAAGUUGUGGAUCUCUUGCAUAUUCUGCUCCGGAAAUUCUGCUUGGAGAUGAAUAUGAUGCACCUGCAGUAGAUAUAUGGAGCUUGGGAGUUAUACUGUACAUGUUGGUUUGUGGACAACCUCCAUUCCAAGAAGCAAAUGACAGCGAAACGUUAACAAUGAUUAUGGACUGUAAAUACACAGUGCCAUCUCGUGUGUCGAAAGAAUGUAAAGAUCUAAUUACACGUAUGUUGCAAAGAGACCCAAAACGAAGGGCAUCCUUGGAAGAGAUCGAAAACCAUCCUUGGCUACAAGGAGUUGACCCAUCACCAGCAACAAAGUACAACAUUCCUCUGGUUUCGUAUAAAAAUCUUUCUGAGGAAGAGCACAAUAGCAUAAUACAGCGAAUGGUUCUGGGAGACAUUGCAGAUCGAGAUACCAUAGUAGAGGCCCUGGAAACUAACAAAUACAAUCACAUCACUGCUACCUACUUCUUACUAGCAGAACGGAUUCUAAGAGAGAAACAAGAGAAAGAAAUACAAACCAGAUCGGCAAGUCCAAGCAAUAUCAAAGCUCAGUUCAGGCAAUCAUGGCCAACAAAAAUUGAUGUUCCGCAAGACCUAGAAGAUGACCUUACAGCAUCUCCUCUGUCCCAUGGAACCGUUCCUCAGUCUCCAGCUCGCAGUGCUGAAAACAUUCUCAAUGGUCACAGGAAUAAGGCACUUAAUGAUUCAGCAAAGAAAGAAGAUAUUCCUGAAUUAGCAGGCCCGGCACUUUCCGUUGUUCCUUCAGUGAGCUUAAAACCUUCUACUAGUGGUCGGAAGUGCUUAUUUAGGGUGGAAGAAGAUGAGGAGGAGGAUGAAGAAGAUAAAAAACCUGUUUCCCUUUCAACACAAGUUGUCCUGCGUCGGAAGUCUUCAGUUACAAAUCGUCUUACUUCCCGGAAGAGUGCUCCUGUUCUCAAUCAAAUCUUUGAAGAAGGAGAAUCUGAUGAUGAGUUCGAUAUGGAUGAGAAUUUGCCUCCAAAACUUAGCAGGCUAAAAAUGAAUAUUGCAUCACCCAGCACUGUACACAAACGUUACCACAGAAGGAAAAGUCAGGGUCGAGGAUCUAGCUGCAGUAGCUCAGAAACAAGUGAUGAUGAUUCAGAAAGUAGGCGGCGUUUAGAUAAAGACAGUGGAUUUACUUACUCCUGGCAUAGACGGGACAGUAGCGAAGGUCCCCCUGGCAAUCAGGGAGAUGGCAGUGGACAAAGCAAACCAAACAAUGGAAAUGGAGGUCUAGACAAAGCAAGCCCUGGUGAUAACAAUAAAGGGGGUGGAAGUCCUUCUGGUAGCUCUGGAGGAAGCACGAAUAACAAUUCCGGUUCUACACGUCGGUGUGCUGGAUCUGGUAAUUCAAUGCAGUUGUCCUCAAGAAGUGCAGGUGACCUUGUAGAAAGCCUCAAAUUGAUGAGUCUCUGCUUGGGUUCACAAAUUCACAACAGUACUAAAUACAUUAUUGAUCCACAAAACACCAUAUCAUUUUCCAGUGUUAAGGUGCAGGAGAAAUCAACAUGGAAAAUGUGCAUAAGUUCUACUGGGGGUGUAAAUCCAGUUGCAUCUUUGGGCAGCAUAAAAUUCUUCUCUGACCAAAUGUCAGACACAACAAAUGAAUUGGAACGAAUAAAGAGCAAGAACUUGAAAAAUAAUGUGUUACAACUACCUCUGUGUGAAAAAACAAUAUCUGUGAAUAUUCAGCGAAACCCGAAGGAGGGACUGUUGUGUACCUCCGGUCAAACUACUUGCUGUCACGUUGUUUGACAAUAACCAGACUUGACCCAUUCUACUUGACAUCACCAAUCUUCCUUUUCAGAGCUGUGAAUACUUUAUUUCACUGAAACCCUUCAUUGCCAUUGUCUUAAUAUUUUAAAGUGAGCUUUGAGCAGUAAUUUAUUAUGUUUAAAUUUUAGUUUGCUUGAUAUGACAAUGCAUGAUGUUUUGCAUGCUGCUAGUCAACACUUUUUUGUUCCCAACAGACCAGGCUAUUGUGUAUUUUUUUACAUUUAUAAUUUUAAUAUGAAAUUCUGGAUUACAGUAAGGCUUGUAUCCUGAUCCAGUGUAAAUGAAGCACUUAGUAGUUUCAUAUUCUGCACUUAAACUAGAGUGGGAGAGCUUUUGUUUUUAAGUGAAAUGUCCAAUCUUGUUCUGAUCUGUUAAACCUAAACUAUGUGAGAUGUGGCAUAAUUCUGUGUUUGCAACAGAACCAAAGCAAUAAUGUUUUAAUGCUGAAAACUCUUGGGAGCUUUCAGAUUUCCAAGGCUUGUACAAAGCAAAACUGCACUGAAAAAGUGUCUUUGAACUAUGAUUUUAAUCCCACGACUUUGUCUUAAGCUGUAAUA